GAAGAGAAAAUAAAAAAUAGAAACGAAAGUAGCCGUUGGUAGCGUGUUCGCUGUACUGUAAUAGUCUUGCACACUACAGCUUUACAUUACGCUCCUCUCUGACUCACUCACUCACAGCUUCCCCAGAAAAUCGAUUAUUCUCUGAACUCAAACUCAAAUAAGCUUUCAAACAUCGCUCAAAGUAAAACAGAAAACAUGUUCACCGAAGGUCUCGACGAAACCGCAAUUCAAUGGAUCAACAAGGGAUCGCAACAACAAGAUCCUCCUCCUCCUCCUCAUAAUCCAAUCACGCGUUCUCCUCUUUCAGAAAACUUAACCCUUCUCACUCCCAGAUCUCCCUCUUUGCCUCCUUUAAAAUUCUUCCACUCUCCUUUACUUCCACCUCCUAACCUCGCAUUCCGAUUCCCCGAUCAUCGUGAUCAUGAUGAUGAUGAUGAUGAUGAUGAUAGUGUCACUGAUGAUGAUGAUGAAAGUGUUGCUUCAUUACAUUGUCCUACUGUUGAAACCGAUGACGAUGAUGAAGAUAACGAAGACGAGCGAGUUCUUGAUUCCUUGGAUACUCCAAUUGAACACUGUUAUGAUGAGGAUCAAUUAUUUGGAUUUGGUAAUGGAACAACCAAACCUAAAACCCUAAAUCCAAGUGGAAUUUUGAGGAAAGGUUUGGUUAAUGAAAAUUUAACUAUUCAACUUCCUAAUACUGUUGUUAAUGUUAGAAGAUUUACUGAUGGAGAAUUAGGUUUCAAUAAAUGUGUUCAAAAGAAAAUGACUCCUUGUGGAAGUGGAAUUGGAACUGGAACUGGCGCUGUUCGGUUUCAGAAUGAUCCUGUUGAAUUGAAUACUCCAAGUGCUCCUCCUAUUUUUGUUGAUGGUGAAAGUGGUGAUAUUUGUUAUUCAGAAGACUCUGUGGCGAAUGUAGUCGAUGAAAUGCCUCAGCAGCAACAUAGAUCUUGGCCAUCUAGAGAAUCUGUGAAUUGUGAUAAUGAAGGAGGUGGAAGAAGUGAGUGUUCAAUUGAACAAAAACCUAAUACUGUUUCCGAAAGACAGGAAACAACUUCUACACAAGACAUAGAAAGACAGACUACUCCUCAGUUGCAAUAUCUCAACACUAGCAGUUGCAAUAGCCAACAUGCCUGGCAAACCCUUAUCACUUAUGAUGCCUGCAUUCGUCUAUGCCUGCAAGCAUGGGCAAGAGGCUGUACUGAGGCCCCGGAGUUUCUAAAAGAUGAGUGUUUGGCUCUCCGAAGUGCCUUUGGAUUGCAUGAGUUCUUGUUGCAACCUCGAGGUAUAAAGCCAACUGAAAGAAGUACAAGGAAUUCAGAACAAACGGUGCCUCUCAAGACAAAGAAGGUUGUAGGGAAAAUAAGAGUGGAAGUGAAGAAACUUCGUAUUAUACAAAGACGAAAACUUAAGAGCUCAUUUUCAAACCGAGGAUCAAUGUAUAAGCAAGCUGGGAUGGAGUAUGUCCGGCAUGUUUCAUCCCUUGUGAAAAGCGGUAUAAAUUCUAUGAAGUCCGCAUCAUUCUCAGCAGCAGCAGAAGAGCCAUUGUAUUGUUUGGUCCAACUCAAGAGCGCAACAGAAGAAAAUGCAUCAGAGUCGUGUUCUGCAAUUUUUCUUCGUCCUGGAAGUGGAGAUUAUCAUGAUUUUUUUCCAUUGAGCCAAGGUGAUGCUUUACUCGUAGAAGUCCAAGAUUCUAAGAAGGCAGUUCAUGGUGAAGCCAGGAUUCCAAUUUCAUACCUCAAUGAUAAUCCUAGUGACAGAAUUCGGUGGUGGCCAAUAAAUCAUGAUGAUAACGAAUGUGUUGGCAAGAUCCAGCUCUCCAUUGGAAGUACAAUGACAAGUGAUGACAACAAUCAUAUAAAGAGUGCUCCUGUUGUGGAAACUCAAGCUUAUGAUAUAGUGUUGGAGGGUGCCAUGCGUGCACAGCGUUUCCACUCCCGAAACUUGCGGCUAAAUGGGACAUGGAAAUGGUUGUUAGAUGCAUUUGCUGACUACUAUGGAGUUUCCAGUUCAUAUUCUAAAUUGAGAUAUCUAUUACAGGUGAUGAAUGUAGCAACUCCAACCAAGGACUGCCUUGAGCUUGUGAAAGAGUUGCUUGAUCCCCUAAUGAAGGCCAGAAGUGAGAGGAGUCUUACGAGGCAAGAGAGAAGUAUACUUUUGGAUUGUGAAACUCAAAUUGAAGGACUACUAGCGACUGUUUUUGAGAAUUACAAAUCACUUGAUGAAAACUCACUAACAGGUUUAACCGAUCAUUUUGGUCCAGCAUCUGAUUCUGCAGCACCAGCUCUACAUCCUGCUCUACAGGUCUACAGUAGUCUUCAUGAUAUACUAUCUCCAGAUGCUCAAACUAUUCUACAGAAUUAUCUGCAGACUGCAGCCAGAAAAAGGUGUAGAAAACACAUGAUGGAGACUGAUGAAUUUGCGUCUGGUGCCUCUGAGAGUUACCUAAUGGACACCAUUACCAUCUCAACAGCAUACCUGAAGAUGAAAAACCUUUGUAUUUCUAUAAGAAAUGAAAUUCAGGCAGACAUAAAGAUCAACGGCCAGAAUACAAUUCACGGUCAGCAUAUUUUUCCCAGUUCAAUUGACCUGGCAAACAUCACAACAGCCAUAUACAGCACAGAGCUGUGUAAAAGGCUGAGAACUUUCCUUUCUUCCUGGCCACCAUCAAGUCCACAGCCACAUGUGAAUGAACUUCUAGUGGCCACUGCCGACUUUGAACGGGAUCUCGAGUCAUGGAAUAUAAGUUCUGUGCAGGGAGGUGUGGACUCCAGAAACCUGUUCCACAACUACAUCAUGGUUUGGAUACAGGAUAUGCAACUUGGUUUGCUUGAUCUUUGUAAAGCAGAAAAGGUUCCAUGGGCUGGAGUAACAACAAACCAUUCCACCUCCCCAUUUGCAGAGAAAAUGUAUGACAACAUUAAAGACAACCUAAUCCAAUAUGAAGUGGUAAUCAAUAGAUGGCCUCAAUACUCACUGUAUUUGGAAAAUGCUGUUGCAAAUGUUGAAAGGGCAAUUGUGAAAUCGCUUGAAAAACAAUAUAGUGACAUCUUAACUCCUUUGAAAGAUAGCAUACCAAAGCGACUUCACUUGCAAGUUCAAAAGCUAGCAAGAAGACAAUCAGCUUCUGUUCAAUUGGUUCCUAACCAAUUAGGAAUCUUCUUGAACACCAUCAAGAGGAUUCUCGAUGUCCUUCAUUGUAGAGUGGAAGACGUACUAAAUUCAUGGGCAAGAUGUUUACCUGUCAUGGGUGAUAAGAAGUUGUUUGGAGAGCAAAUGAAUGGAAUAACAGUGCUAUUGAGAACCAGAUACAAAACUUAUUUGCAAGCAAUAAUAGGGAAUCUUGUCAACAAUAUUCAAGGCAAUAAGAGCACACGGCUGAAAAAGAUGCUUGAGGAAACAAGAGAAGCAGAUGGAGAGGCAGAAGUUCGUGAAAGAAUGCAGUUGUUGAAUUCACAACUAGUUGAAUUCAUCUCGAAUCUUCAUGAGGUCUUUACCAGCCAAAUCUUCAUAGCAAUAUGUCGUGGAUUAUGGGACAGAAUGGGACAGAUUAUUUUGAAGUUUCUUGAAGGGAGGAAGGAAAAUAGAAUAUGGUACAAUGGAUCUUGCUAUGCUCUUGGGAUAUUGGAUGACACAUUUGCUUCCCAGAUGCAAAGAUUAAAAGGAAAUGCAUUGCAUGAGAAAGAUAUUGAGCCUCCUCGCUCAGUGAUUGAAGCUCGAUCUAUUCUUUGCAAAGACACAACAAAUGCAAAUGAUACAUCUACUUAUUUCUACAUAUAGUAUACCAUAUAUGUGUACAUUCAUUGUAUAUUGUUUUGUUAUCAAAUAUUUUACAAAAGAAAAUUUCAUAUUAUUUUUGCAUAUAAAUGUAAGAAUGUACUCUUGCCGUAUUCUUUUUAUUAAAAAAAAUACCCUCUUCUUUUUUUUAA